AUUAAACUUAAGGAAAAUAUAAUGUGAUCGGGAUCGGGCUUCAGGAAAAAACAGAACAACACGUUUUUACGCCACUUUUAGAAGAUUUGUUGAAAUAAUGUAGUUUCACUCAAAAGAACUCUUGGUUUUUGUCGUAUCAGUGGUGGAUAACAAAAUAUUUUUAAAGAAUGUCUAAGAAGGAAAAGUCUGGAAGAUUCAAUUUGAAGGCAUUGUUAGAUCAGUAUAAACAGGGUUCACACAAACGCUACGAUGAAUUUGUCAACAUUUUAUCAGAUCCACAAACAAAGUCUGAGGACCUGAGAGUUUACUUAAGAGGCAUUAAAGAGAAUGUGACAGAACUGAACAAGGAGUUUGAGGAUUUAGUGGGAGUUCUUUUGAAAUUAGACUGGCCAUGUAGAGAGCUGUCAGUGGUGAGGGAAUAUCAGUCUCUCCUGGUGGGACUCAUCUGUGUCCACUCCUACUACCUCCGGGCCAGUAUCCGCACACUCAUCAAGUACUUCACUCCUCCCAUAAACAAGUCAGUCCCAGAAACAGAAGUGAGUUUAGAGAUGCGACAAACAAAUGAGGCAGUAUUUCUCAAUGUACACAUGGUACUCAAAGCCAUCCUGGAUUCUGUCCCUAUGUCAUCGACAGUAUUAUUACCCCUACUACACGACUUGUUUCCGUUCCUUGGGAAGGGUGCGUACAUACAGGAAUGCUAUGUCAGAAACCUCCUACAGAUUACCACUUACCUCCCCACUGCCAGACAGAGGAUCCUGGAACUGGUCAUAGACAGGAUGCUUAAAUUAGAUGUUCGAGCCCCACGGCAAGACAUACAGGAAACUGAGGGGGACGAAGAGGACAUGGAGGAAGGCAUCGUGUUUGAUAUGGAUUUUGAACAAGACUUAACCAAAGAUCUGAACAGUAAAGAUUUUGAUAGGAAAUGUUCAGAUAAACCUAUGACACACAGAGAAGCCAAUAUACUGGAUGUGUGCAUGGAGAUGACCUUGACCUAUAUAUCCAAUGUCUGCUAUACUAAUGGCGUGUGUAACUGGGAGGCCACUAAGAAGCUGUACCGGGAGAUCUUACUGGUGUUUGAUCGCCUCAUCCUCCCGACGCACGCCUCCUGUCACGUCCAGUUCAUCAUGUUCUAUCUCUGUAGCACCAAACUGCACAAGAACCUCCUCUCCAGGGCCAUGUUUGUACCUCUCAGUACAGUAACAGCUUGUCUAGACCUUAUGUGUGAAUGGGUACACCUGUACUUGGACAAUACUAGUGAGGAGAUUGUUAACGCGGACGUCAGUCAUCACGGACCAUUCUACUCUGUCUGUCAGGCUGUCUUUUAUGUGUUCGUCUUCAGAAACAAGGAAAUCUUUGAAAUGAAGAAAGGACAUAAUUGGGCAGAGAGUCUGAAUUUGCAGCGAAUCGUCACUUGUCGUUUAAAUCCCCUCAGGGUGUGCCUGCCAGUAAUUGUCAAAAUGUUCUCUUCUAUUUCAAGGAUGCAUCAGCUGGCUUUUUGUGAUACGAUUAUUGAGCGUAACAAGCGCUGUAUAUUACCGGUGACCAGUAAUGGUGUAGGAACCUCGUCUGUUCUUACUGAGCUGGACUCAUAUUUCCCGUUUGACCCCUAUCUUUUAAAUAGGUCUGGUCGCUUCAUCAUUCCUCUGUACAGAGAAUUCAAAGGUUCAAUUGAAGAGGACCAAGAGCUUUCUGAGGGUGAAGAUGAUUUUCUGCAGGAGGAACAACCGUCUCCCGUGUCUGAAUCAGUACCCCAAAGUAUGUCUCUGGGUAAAACUCCCAAAGACUUCCUUCAUUAUGGCAUUUCUCCAGGCUUCAAGCAUAUCCAGGACAUCACCUGAACGUUUGAUUGAUUGAUAUUUCAGUGUGCAAUACUACAUGUCAUUAAAUGACACAGAUUGAAAUAGACUUCUUCAGGUCGCCAUUGUUAGGCUGAUGUUAUUUCCAUUGUUGAGUUGAAAAUGUGGUUGUCAUGACUAGAAGUCAUUUCAUAAUGCUUCAACAUUAUAAAGUAAUCGAAGUACUGUUUCUAAUUGAGUAUUUCUCUUUACUAUUGUUGUAUGCCUGUAAAGUAUAAAUAUACAUGUAGUCGGUUAGGGAUUUUUUUUCAUUGAGUUGAACAUUUGCUUGUUAUGACAGUCGAAGUCCUGAUUAUACUUCAGUGUUUAGAAAGAUGUUACUGUUGAGUUUUUCUGUUCUCUUUACUCAUGUGUUCCUUUGCCUGGUCAUUCCUGUAAGGUCAUUCCUGUAAGAACUACAUCAUAGUAGUACUCCCUACAUUUCAAGAAUUACCCCUCUAAGAAUACACUACAUUAUUUUCACUUAUCACGUAAUGUAGAAUUAAUUUUUUGGUGUCAGAUUUUCAUGAUUUUUAGGGACUUGAUUUCAUAGCGUAAAGAAGAGGUACAUGUAUAAUAAAGUAGUAUAGAAUGCUACCAUGUUUUGGAGAAAAUGAAUUCAUGUAUCACAAAAACAGCAAAAAUUACAUUCCUCACCCUACCCACUUCAAAUUAUAAAAGAUAAUGUUUACACAGUAUUCAUUUUCAUGAAUUUUAGGGAUUGAUUUGUUUACAUUGGUACUUGAAGUUUAAUUCAAUAUUAAUAUCAUGUUACAUAUAAUUUAACAUAUUUAUUAACAUACAUGUAUUUAUUUUGCCACAUAUUGUCAGUGAUGAAAAGAAAAAUAUGAGAAAUGCAAAGAUUUUUUAAGAAGGUAGUCAUCUAUAUUUUGGUAUUUUCCUCAAAGUCUUGGAUACCCAUAACUGUUUUUGUUAGAAAUAAAAAAUAUUGCUGGAUAA